CGAGUAAUGAGCAGCACGACAAGGACAGCCUGAACGAGACCGGAAGUACAACGGGUGGCACCGUGGAGGGCGCGCCGGGUGGUGGCGGCCCCAGCAGGGGGGGUGACAGGACCAAGGAGGACCACGCGCAGGCAUCCACCUCGGCGCCACCGGCGAGAUCCUUGGUCUCCAGAAUCCUGGCGAGGACACGGUCGCCCGAGGAUCUGCUGGAUCAUUCGGAACCCUACUCGCAAUUAUGGGUGGUACUCUCCAACGUGUACGGCGAGCUGAUCGUCGUGUUAACGUUGGCAGUGUGCUUGGCCGAGGUCAUGGACACGCCUGUGCCUCUGCUCAGCUUGCAGGGCAUAUUUCUCAUGUACCUCUACGUGGGCAGCAUCGCCGUCAUCAUCGCCAUCUACAUAUGGGUGCUGGUUGACAGCUGCAGCAGCUUAAGCCGCAGUGGUAACGGGCUCGGGGACGCGGAACUCGGUAGCGCGUCGCUCACCAGAUUCGGAUCAUUAAAGCGGGCGCAUAUCUCCCGGGCCAGGACGGCGCCGACCAGUUUUUACAUACGAGUCGGCGCGCUCUUGUUUGGCUUGGCGACGCUGGUCUUCAACGGUCUGGAGAUGGCGAUGCACUCGAUGAUGCAGGGUGCCGAGUGCUUGACCGACGUCGUCUUCGUGCAUCCGGUGCUACACGGCUUGUUCACCUUCUUGCAGAUGCACUUUCUCUUUGUAAACUCGCAGGUGCUUGUAGAGCGCUUCGGUCUUGCAGCCAGAUUCGGCUUCACACAUCUCGCGGCUACCAAUGUCGCGGUCUGGGCGCGUCUGGUGAUUUGGGAUACCGCGCAAGAAUGGACUUACUUUGUACACUUGGCGCAACAUGAGCAACAAACGUCCGUAUCUCCCUUGAGUCUUCGGGGAUUUCCCGGAUCCUUGACGAGGCAAUCGCGAGAUCUUAUAGAUGAUUCGACGGCGAAGGCAGGCAACUUCAAGCCCUAUCAACCCGUUUCGAACGAGCAAAUUUCACAAGUAAUCGCGCUGCAAGAAUGCUUGAAUACUAAUACCUUAGGACAGCUGUGGACUUCAAGCAUGCCCUUCCUAUAUCCCUUUAUUGUACAAUUCAGCUUGAUCGCCGCGGCGGUGACCUUCGUGAUGGGUCAGAACGUCGGGCGGAGUCGAUUGAUGAAACAAAAAUUCCACGGCAGCAAAGACUUAAGUAGUCACACCCGGGUGGGCUGCGACGGUUCUAGCAAGGGUCUCUUUCUGGGUAUUCUCUGCAUGGUAGCCGGUAUCGUGGUGAUCCUCAUCUUCCUCGUCGUGCGAGAGGACGAGAACUUCCCGUCGGCCACCUUAUCGUGGCUCACGUGCGGCACGCUGAUCGGCAUACUGACACUGAGCAGCCUAAUGACAGCCAGUGGGCUCGUGCAGGUGCGCCAGAUUUCGAUAGUGACGCGAGCGCCGGCCGCCCUGGACAGCCUCCUGUCGAACGUGUCGCUCUUCGGGGUGCAACUCUACUCGGUCUUCACCAUCGUGGUGUGCGCCUGUUCGCUGGCCAUGUCGGAUCAGGACGAGACGGAGGACACGCGGGCCAGGCAUAUCAUGCUGCUGUCGAUGUCGGUCCUGCAGCUGGUGCAGUGCUUCGCGCAGAGCACGCUGAUCGCCGAGACGUCGCGACGCUCGUGCAUAACGCGCUUCCAAAUGCUGGCGAAACCCGGCCGCCAAGUGAUCACCUUCCUGCUGUUCAGCAACGCCGUGCUCUGGGCUUUCGACACCGUGAUCACGCAGAACUGGCUUUCGCAGGAGCUGCAGCUCCGGUUCUUCGGCGUGCUCGCCUGGGGCGUGCUGUCCAGGAUCGGGCUGCCCCUUCUAAUUUUCUACAGGUUCCACAGCUGCGUGCUGCUGCUGGAGGCAUGGAACAAGUGCUACAGAACACCACGGGGGGAACAUCCUCUCAACUGA